AGCCGCAGCACUCAUCGUGACGCAGAUCAAGCAAACCCUAACUGCCAACGCUACUAUAAAAUGUUUUUCUCGCCUCUCCUCGCUCCCGUAGCCGCCGCCGGCCUCCAACUCUAACCCCGUUGCUUCCGGCUCCCGCAGCGUCGCCGACCUUCACAGCCGGUUCCUUCCUCCGCCACCAUGGGGAAGACACGUGGUAUGGGAGCUGGGCGCAAGCUCAAGACCCACCGCAGGAACCAGAGGUGGGCUGACAAAGCAUACAAGAAGAGCCACUUGGGCAAUGAGUGGAAAAAACCUUUUGCUGGAUCAUCUCACGCCAAGGGCAUCGUUCUGGAGAAGAUUGGUAUUGAGGCCAAGCAGCCAAAUUCGGCCAUCCGUAAGUGUGCCCGUGUUCAGCUGGUGAAGAAUGGAAAGAAGAUUGCUGCCUUUGUGCCGAAUGAUGGUUGCCUAAACUACAUCGAGGAGAAUGAUGAGGUGUUGAUUGCUGGAUUUGGUCGUAAGGGUCAUGCUGUGGGAGACAUUCCUGGUGUCAGGUUCAAGGUUGUUAAGGUGUCUGGUGUGUCGCUGCUUGCACUCUUCAAGGAGAAGAAGGAGAAGCCAAGGUCUUAGAUCACUUUCGGUAGUCAAGAAUGGUGUAAACUGCCCAAGGCUCUAUUGUCAAAGUUAAAGUUCUGCUAGCAACUCAGCUGUUAAAUCUGAGCUGUACCUUUUUGUUAACAUUGUUACAGUAUUACAGAGUUCUGUUUCCAUUUUGAAGAUAUUAAUAUUG